CUCAUCCUCGCUGGUUAUCUUCGUUUUCGUGUUUGCUUUUAGUUGUGUGGUGAUCCGGAGGGAGAGGGUAUAAGAGGGAGACAGAGGGAGAGAGCAGGACGGAGAAAAGCGUGAGGAACCUCGAAGCAAAACCUCUGAUAAGAGGACUGAGCUUGACUGCAAAAAAUCGGUCCGGUAGCAGGUCACUCUGCUGAACAUCUGGAUCGCCACGGGUUUGUCUUGAAAGAACUUGUAGACUCCAAGGAAGCUGCAUGUCGGAAGAUUCAGGGCAGAGAAAAGAAAGUACUGGUUCAGGCAGCACAGUUAAAACUAUCUGGAACUCUCUCCCUCAGGAGGCAGUGAUGGCCACCAACUCUGGAGAAUUAAACAGAUUCAUGGAGGAUAAAGUCUAUCAGAGGCUACUAGCCACAAUGGCCUCGACACGAUCCUAUGGCAGUUCAGCCACCGCCAGAUUCCCAAAAGCAAGCCUCUGCAUGUGCAGAAGAAUAUGAUAUCAUCACUGAAGAAGACAUCGAAGAGAUUAGGAAUGCACUUGAAGGAGGAAGAAUGGCAGAAGCAGCGUCCAAAAUAUUGGAAAACCUGCAGAAUUUGGAGCAUGCCCGGCUGGACAUUGCAGUAACAGGAGAGGCUGGCGCCGGCAAGUCCUCAUUUGUCAAUGCCAUUCGAGGCCUAGGGGAUGAAGACGAAGGAUCUGCCGCCACUGGGGUUGUAGAGACCACGAUGGUGCCCACUCCUUAUCCACACCCCAAGCACCCCAACGUGAUUGUGUGGGAUCUGCCCGGAAUCGGGACUCCAGAUUUCCAGUCCAGCACUUACCUGGAGCAGGUCAACUUCUCCCGCUAUGACUUCUUUAUUCUCAUUGCCUCAGAACGCUUCAAGUCCAACCAUGCCCAUUUGGCGCAGGAAAUCCAGCAGAUGGGCAAAUGCUUCUACUUCGUGCGCUCGAAGGUAGAUGCAGAUCUAGAGGCCACCAAAAAGCGCCGGCCAAAAGCCUACGACGAGGAGGCGAUACUGAGGAAGAUUCGAGAGAAUUGCGAAGCGUGCCUUCAGGCCGAAGGAGUGGCUGCUCCCCAGGUCUUCCUCCUUUCCAGCUGGGAGCUAAAAAAGUACGACUUCAUAAAGCUUGAGGAGACGCUGGAGAAGGAGUUGCCGAGCCACAAGAGACAUGCCUUCCUCAUGGCCCUGCCAAACAUCUCUUUGGCCAUCUUGCAGAAGAAGAAAGAGGCCUUGCAGAAGCAAAUCUGGAAGCUGGCUACCGUCUCAUGCGGAAUAGCAGCUGUGCCCAUCCCAGGCCUCUCUGUAGCUUGCGAUACAGCUAUUCUGGUUAAGUCUCUUUCGGAAUACCGUCAGAACUUUGGCCUGGACGAAGAAUCCCUCGGCAAAUUAGCUGAGAAAGUUGGCAAGACUGUGGAGGAGCUUAAAGAGGUGAUCAAGUCACCACUGGCCAAAGAAAUCUCCAGGGACCUUGUAGUGAAGAUGCUAACCAAAGCCGGUGGUGGGGCGUUGAUGCUGGUGGAGUACUUUGCCAGCACAAUCCCUGUAUUUGGCUCCAUGACAGCUGGAGGGAUAUCCUUUGGAACCACCUAUUACAUGCUUUACAGCUUCCUAGACGAGGUGGCAGGUGAUGCUCAGCGUGUCCUCAUCAAGGCCUUUGAGUCUGAUGUUUGAAGGAGUUCUUCGGAUCUCAUGUAGUGGACCAUGAUGGGUGCUUAGCUUCUAAAUGUAUGGAAUGGCACCAAAUUGAACAGAGCUCUGUCCUUGCAAGCUCAGGAUUAAGCUCACUUAAUUCUCUCUUUUUUAAUGGUGCCUACAAUUAUGGGGAAAGGGCUUUGCUUGUUGCAUAGUUUCAACACGGUAUCUUUCCAAUUCCAGCAAAGGAAUCCUGGGAACUAAAUGGGGAUUUCUUAAAGAAUGCCAGCACCCUAACAAAACUACAAUUCCCAGGGUCCUUUGUUGGAAAGCUGUGGCAGUUAAACCUAGAAUGAAGCUGGAUGAAACUUGUCUUGUAGAUGUGAGCCAUAUGCAUUUGACGGGAGGCCUUUUGGGAUUGGCUUGCUUCCUUUAGUGAAAAACUGGAUGAUGAAUGUUUAAUUUUGUUUUAAUGUUACUACUCUAAUAACUUUAUAACUAAAGCCAAGAUUGUGCUGUUUUAGACCCGGUGGAGCUCCUGGGUAAACGUUCAGGGCUUAACUUAACAAAGAACUGGAAUACAAAUCAGUUCCCUUUUUACUAGUGGUUCAAGCCACAGAUUGUGACAACCUGAAUCUUUAGGCCUGUCUUGCUUUCCUUUCUUUUUUCCUUUUGGAAUAAUAAAAUGUGUCUAACCUAAAGCAUCUAGAGUGUACAAGUUCCUUGGUUUGAAGCAGAAGAUUUAAAACAAGUGGCAUCUUCUCACUCAUAAGUAACUCUGAGCCAGGUCCCAUUGUCCUCUAGGAAAAACUUUUAUCUGGCCAGCUCCAAUCCCAUUAGCUAUAUUGGAACUCCAGGUUAAUUUCUAGAUUUAAGCAACAGCCAAUACUAAUGAGGAAAAAAUUAAAGGCUGGGAGAAAUUUUAAUGGGAUGGGGCACACAUUUUACACAAGCCUUCUGGGAGCUGUAGGUAAGCCCAAUUACAGUUUGUUCAGAUUUUAAAAAAAUGCAUUCUUUGCCAAAUGAAAUACUGAGCUUGGCUAAUAACCCAAGGAAGUUUAACCAAUUUGUUAAGCAAAUCCUCUCUACUGAUGACCUAGCGAUACAAACUUUAGACCACGAUUCUGAGUACACCUGUCGCUUAACAAGUAAGACUAGUAAACUAUGGCUUUAGUUUUAUAAACUUAAUUCAUACAAGACAUGUUGGAGCUACCUAUUAUGAGCCAAAAUCUAAAUUUCCAUGUUUCUUAUGAAUCCUGUUCUAAUCAAACAUGGUAAGCAGGUUUUUUGGGCAUAAGACGACUUAUGAAAACUAAGUACAGAAACCAUACGAGAAUUCCAGGGGUGUCAGAUCUCAAUUGCUGUGAUGUAGCUUUCCAGACAGCAGAAUGUUUCAUGUUUCCUGGGGCACUGCUCUGCCAUCUAACCUUUCUCUGAGGCCAAAGCAUGAUGUGGUUAUGUCUACGAAAGUUAUCUCCAACCACAUCUAUGAAGCAUGACAGGUAUCAUGUCACAGACGAAAAGCUCUCAGGGGAUUUGGCUGUAGUGCAUGUACUUCACUUCUGCCACAAAGUCAGUGACAGUCAGCAGAAGAGGCUGUCAUGACGACGGUAGGAAGCGAUGGAGGGAAAAGCAGUGAAGUGUCAGCGUCAUUCCUGACAGCGGAUUUGGCACUUCAAAAGGCAUUUGCUGAGAAACAUUCCCUGGAGGAAAUAUCCUGGCAAAGCA